AUGUCAUAUUUAGAACAUUUAACAGUCCAAGGAUGUAAGAUAGCAGCAGAGUAUUGGGACAACUACGUUGUACUAUCAGGGGAUUGCGAACAUGCAAUUUCUUUCGAACAUGAAUACUCAUUUAAUGCCGGCAGAUAUAACGAAAUAAAAAUAAAUGGUUUGCAAGGACUUGCUGACUAUGCAUUUCACGAUUUACGUCAUGUUAGGAAGGUUUUUCUCAAUGAUACAAUAAAAGUUAUGGGAAAGCACGUUUUUUCUUAUUGCAAUUUACUUCAAGAUGUUAGACUUCCCACAGGAAUUACAACUUUACCAGAAGAAACUUUUAUUGGCUGUAAUAAACUCGAAACUAUAGUUUUACCAGAUAAUAUUACAAAAAUAGAAAGACAAGCAUUCAGAGAUUGCAGUAGAUUACGAAAAAUAACAUUCCCAUCGAAUUUGCAAUACAUAGAAGGCUCAGCUUUCUUAAAUUGCAAAAAUUUGGCAUCAAUUGACUUACCAAGUAGCCUAAGAUCUAUAGGAGAAAGCGCCUUUAAGAACACUGGCCUUACAGAUAUAACUCUUCCUGAAUCAAUUACAGAAUUUGGCGAUGAAUUGUUUAGAGAUUGCCAAAAGUUACAAACAGUCAAUUUCACAUCAUCAGGAAACGUUUCUAUUUCAAUGUUCCAUAACUGUCAAUCUCUUGCUUACGUUUUUCUCUCAAAAACUCAAAUGCAAAUAAGUUCUAACGCAUUUAAAGAGUGUAAGAAGAUAGUUCGUAUCCGAUUACCCGAAGGACUCAAAGUUAUUAAGUCUUUCGCAUUCGAAGAUUGCGAAAAUUUAGAAUCAAUCGAAAUUCCCGAAAAUGUUGAAAUAAUUGACCCAAAUUUCGCGAAAAAAUGCAGAAAAGUCAAAUCAAUCACUGUCCACCCACGUAACCAGCACUUUAUCAUUCACCAAAACGCAUUAUUUACAUCUGAUUUCAAACGGUUAAUUUUGUACCCACCUUUAUGUCAAGAAAGGAACUUUUCUAUACCGGAAGAAGUCAGUUCAUUUGAUGACAAUGCGUUUUCCAGUGUUACUUAUCUCCGAACGGUCAUUUUACCUACUCACAUUAAUUUCAUCUCAAUUAAGCAUGCAUUUAUCGACUGUACUUCUCUGGAAACAAUUAUUUAUGAAGGUACAGAGGAAAUCCGCGAUAACCUCUUUUAUUUUUUGAAAGGACGAGUCACAAGAGUUUAUGCGCCAUAUGCAUAUCCGAAAGAGACAUUAGGAGGCCUUGUUAUUACAGAAAGAACAGGCCAGAAACUGCCAGAUAGAACUCCGACCCCUUUAAAGGUUGUCAAAAAGAAUUACAAACCAAUAUAUGUAGCGGCAUCGAUAACUUUUGUUUUAAUGAUAUCUAUUAUCAUAUUUGUCAUCAAGGUUACAACAGUUCAAGUCAAAAAACCAGAUGCAUUUGCAAAUUAA